AAUCAACUUUGCGAGUCUGGGCGACAUGACUGUGACAAGAAUGCCCAAUGCAUCGAGCGGGGUACCAAUGAUUACGAAUGUGUUUGUAAGCCUGGAUUCCUCGACCGCAGCCCUCUGCCUCAUCGCCCAGGCCGAAAAUGCUUGGAACGAGUAUGCCUGGACGACACGAAACAUGACUGUCAUGCGGCAGCCGUUUGCCAAGAAGUGGACGGACCUGAGAAAUACACUUGCAAAUGUCGGGAUGGAUAUGUGGAUGCCAACAAGAAUAAGCCAGGUCGUGAAUGUCGCGAAUUGGUCAACGAAUGCUUGGAUUCAUCAUUGAAUGACUGUGAUCCGGCAGCGACAUGCCGUGACACUCCGGAUUCCUAUGAAUGCGAAUGCCCUAUCGGAAGUCGUGACAUCUCGAAAGAUCCAUCGAAACCCGGUCGAAAUUGCUUCGGGGCGAGUUAUCAUCUUUAUUUAGAAGGUUAUCGGGUUACGUUGUGA